GGAAGGAUCGUUCACGAGGAAGCAACAGCUACAUAAGCCUCGUUUGAAGCUUGAGUUUGUGAGAACGUUGUUGAUUGACAACUAUGAUAGUUACACAUACAAUAUUUACCAAGAUUUGUCUGUCAUCAAUGGAUGUUUUGGCAGAUCUCCCUGCACCUAAUGAAGUAUUGUGGAGGCUCACAGAUAAGAGCUUUUAUUUUUAUUAUUAUUUUCUUAACACUUCUAUAAACAUUUUAGUUCUGUUUGGGUUAGGCUUACAACUUCGUAGUUUAGCCCACAAAACAUGGCAACUGACAAUUUUUUUUCUUGAAAAUGAUUAAAUUAAUCGUUUAUGUUGAUAUACUAAUUGCCAGAGUUUUCACAGUAUCUAUCUUUUAAUCCAUCCGGAUGGUUAAAGAUGCAGUACCUGGCAUUAUUAAUUUAUGAUGAGCCAUUUCAGCACUUACAUUGUUCAGAGAUUUGUCUGUUCUUAUUUAUGGAAAAACUUCACUACAAAAUAAAGUUGCCUGUCUAGAAUAUGAACUUGUAUAUUAAUUGAUGUUACUGAUUCAAUAAACUAAAUUUAUUGCUUUAUGGAAGUAAAAGGGAUUAGGGCCUAUGGAUCAAUUAAAAUGACUGAACACUGUAAGCAUUCUUUAUUAAAGGCCAAGUGGUGGUGGAAUUUACUGCUAUUGAAGUGGAUGCAGUUGAAGAACGAAACUUCUUUUUCAACUCUCUUAUACAUCUUUGGUUUUGUGCUAGUGCCUCCUGUGGUCAUACGAAACGACGAUUGGACAUGGGAAGAUUUAUGUCAUUACUUGUAUGUAGAGAAGGCAUUUGAUAAUAUUGUUAUAUCACCUGGGCCUGGUUCCCCAACAUGUGCCAAUGAUAUAGGAAUAUGUCUACGUCUGCUCCAUGAGUGUGAUGAUAUCCCCAUCUUAGGUGUUUGCCUUGGGCAUCAGGCUUUAGGUUACGUGCAUGGAGCUAAAGUUGUUCAUGCAAACGAGCCGGUACAUGGACUGCUAAGUGAAAUUGAACACAAUGGUUGUAGACUUUUUAAUGGCAUACCAUCUGGGAGAAAUUCGGGAUCCAAGGUUGUAAGAUAUCAUUCACUUGUAAUAGAUCCUGAAUCACUUCCCAAGGAACUAAUUCCUAUAUCAUGGACCUGUUCCACAGAUACCCGAUCAUUUCUUGAGAUUAGCAACGCUUCCUCAACUUCAGAUGCUCAUGGCAUGGUUUCUAGUGAUUCUAGGUCAAAAGCAGAAAAAUGUCUACGUGUUUCUUUCAACAGCCAUCAAAAUAUAUGGAAUGGGAAAGUUCUCAUGGCAAUCAUGCACUCUGCAAGGCCUCAUUAUGGUGUACAGUUUCAUCCAGAGAGCAUUGGAACUUGUUUUGGUAGAGAGAUAUUUAAGAAUUUUAGAGAGAUCACAGAGGAUCAUCGGCUUACUUAUGGACCAUCAGUCACCAGCAAAGGAAAUGUAGAUUAUUCUGGAAACAAAAUAAUACUAAGGAAACCUGUCGAUAAAUUAAGUGAUGGAACUUUUCCCUGUAGAAGUACUGAGCUUAAUGGAGUUGGUAGAAAAGGUGUUGGUCCGUUUGAUCUUGCAAACCUUUCACAUCCUAGCAAUGGAGUCAAAUUUCUGAGGUUGACAUGGAAGAAAUAUAAUCAUUUGGCUUCUGAAGUUGGUGGUGCAAGAAAUAUAUUUUAUCAAUUGUUUGGUCAUCAUAAAGCUGAAAACACUUUUUGGCUGGACAGUUCCUCGAUUGAAAAGGGAAGAGCACAAUUUUCAUUUAUGGGAGGAAAAGGUGGAUCACUAUGGAAGCAGAUGGUUUUCCAGUUACCAGAUGAUAGUGGUCGUCCUUUUGAAGGAGGAGGUUAUCUUUCAGUUGAGGAUGCUCAAGGCUCAAAAACCAACACAUUUCUAAAGGAUGGUUUCUUUGACUAUCUAAACAAGGACCUUUCAUCUUUUCAAUACGAAAGGAAAGACUAUGAAGGGCUUCCAUUUGACUUUCAUGGUGGAUAUGUUGGCUAUUUUGGAUAUGAACUCAAAGUAGAAUGUGGUGCAGAGUACAACCAACACAAGUCCAGGACUCCAGAUGCAUGUUUUUUUUUCGCUGACAACCUUUUGGUCGUUGAUCACUCUUCGGAUGAUGUUUACUUGUUAUCCAUACAUGAAGAAUGUAAUACUUCAACAUCAUGGUUGGAUGAGACCGAGCUUAAGCUUAUGGAACUGAAAACUUCCGUGCCAGAGAAGUUAAUUGAAGAAUGCUUACUCCACGAUUCAUUUACACCGUGUAAGGUGGACUUUGUUGCCGAGAAAUCAAAAGAGGGAUAUAUAAGUGAUGUUGAAAAGUGUAAGCAAUACAUCAAAGAUGGCGAGAGCUACGAGUUGUGCCUCACAACCCAAAUUAAAAAACAAAUUGGGGAAUUUGAUGCCCUGAGACUUUACCUCAGGCUCAGAGAAAAAAAUCCGGCACCUUAUGCAGCUUGGCUAAAUUUCUCAAAAGUAGAUAUAUGCAUCUGCUGUUCGUCGCCAGAACGGUUCCUACAGUUGAAUAGGGAUGGUGUUUUGGAAGCGAAACCCAUCAAAGGUACUGCAAAGCGAGGAGUGACAACAGAGGAAGAUGAACAACUCAAAAUGCAGUUACAGUAUAGUGAAAAGAACCAAGCUGAGAACUUAAUGAUCGUUGAUCUUCUAAGGAACGACCUCGGUCGUGUGUGUGAACCGGGUUCGGUUCAUGUUCCACUUCUCAUGGACGUAGAAUCAUAUGCAACUGUCCAUACUAUGGUGAGCACGAUUCGAGGCAAGAAAAAGGCAAAUGUAAGUGCCAUUGAGUGUAUAAAGGCAGCAUUUCCUGGUGGUUCAAUGACUGGAGCACCGAAGUUGAGGUCUAUGGAGCUCCUCGACUCCAUCGAGAAUUGUCCUCGAGGUAUUUAUUCGGGUUGCAUGGGUUAUAUCUCCUACAACCAAACAUUUGAUCUGAAUAUAGUGAUAAGAACAGUUGUUUUGCAUCAAGACGAAGCUUCCAUUGGAGCUGGAGGAGCUAUUAUUGCUCUCUCAGAUCCUAUUGAAGAAUAUGAAGAAAUGAUAUUGAAAACACAUGCUCCCUCUACAGCUGUUAUGGAAUUUUCUUAGAACUUCUACCUUCUACCUCACAACAUCAUAGCCUUCCAAAAUCCCAUAGUUUUUUUUUCUCUUUAAUUUUUAUUUUAAAAUAUAUGUCAAAGAUGUCUUGUAAUAUAGAACAACAGAACUCAUUCAUUUACACAAUUCUUCUGUUUUUUU